UUUUCUGAAUUUUCUUUUUUGUUUUCUUUUCCAUCCCCACUAUGUCUUCCGAAACCAAGUUCGAUAGAGCUGCACUUGAGCAACUCGUUACUAAGCGUUUCUUUUACGCGCCUUCCUUCCAAAUCUACGGUGGUGUUGCCGGUCUCUACGAUUACGGACCAUCUGGUUGCGCUCUUUUGAACAACAUUAUUUCUCUAUGGCGCAACCAUUUCGUCUUGGAGGAAGAAAUGCUCGAAGUUGACACUUCCAUUAUGACCACUUACGACGUUUUGAAAACUUCCGGUCAUGUUGAUAAGUUUGCCGAUUUUAUGUGCAAGGAUUUGAAGAAUGGUGAAAUUUUCAGAGCUGAUCAUGUUAUCGAGGCUGUCCUUGAGGCUCGUCUUCAAGGUGAUAAGGAAGCCAGAGCUGCCAAGGCUGGUAAGAGCGCCGAUCAAGCCGCUGCCGAAGCCGCUGCUGAAGCCGAAGCCGCUGCCAAGACUGGCGACAAGAAGAAGAAGAAGAAGAAAGGAACUGUUGUUGCUGUUGAAUUGCCCGACGAUGUUCGUCAACAAUACGAAGAAUGUUUGGCUCAAAUUGAUAAUUACAGCGGUGAAGAAUUAGCUGCCAUUAUGAAGAAGUUCGAAAUCCGUUCACCUGAAUCUGGUAACGAGCUUUCCGAACCCAAGGAAUUCAACUUGAUGUUUGAAUCAUCCAUUGGUCCCACUGGCCAGCUCAAAGGUUUCUUACGUCCUGAAACUGCUCAAGGUCAAUUCCUCAACUUUAAGAAGCUUCUCGAAUUCAAUAAUGAUAAGAUGCCUUUCGCCUCUGCUCAAGUUGGCCGUUCUUUCCGUAACGAAAUUUCUCCUCGUUCCGGUCUCUUGCGUGUUCGUGAGUUUACCAUGGCAGAGAUUGAACAUUAUGUUGACCCCGAAAACAAGAACCAUCCCAAAUUUGACGAUGUUAAGGACGUUGUUUUGACUUUAUUACCAAAGGAUAUUCAAAUGGCUGGUAAGACAGACACCAUUGAAAUGUCCAUCGGUGAGGCUGUCGAAAAGAAGAUUGUCGAUAACCAAACUUUGGGAUACUUCCUUGCCCGUAUUUAUCAGUUCUUGAUCAAGAUCGGUAUUAAACCAGACCGUCUUCACUUCCGUCAACAUAUGGAUAACGAAAUGGCUCACUAUGCUUGUGAUUGCUGGGAUGCUGAAAUUUUGACCAGUUACGGAUGGAUAGAAUGUGUUGGUUGUGCUGAUCGUUCUGCUUACGAUUUAUCUGUUCACUCUAAGCGUACUGGUGAAAAGUUGGUUGUUCGCGAACAAUUACCUGAACCCCGUACUGUUGAACUUUGGCAAGUGGAAAUUAAUAAGAAGACCUUUGGGCCUAAGUUUAAGAAGGAUGCUAAGACUGUCGAAGAAGCUAUCAACUCUCUUUCCGAAGAUCAAUAUGCUGCAUUGGCCAAGCAAUUAGAAUCUGAUGGCGUUGGUUCUGUUCAAGCCAAUGGGCAAACUUUUGAAGUCAGUAAGGACGAUGUCACUGUUAAGCGUGGCACCGUUACAGAACAUGUUCGUGAAUAUAUCCCCAAUGUCAUUGAACCCUCCUUUGGUAUUGGUCGCAUUCUUUACUCCCUUUUGGAACAUGUGUGGUGGGUUCGUGACGAUGAUGAAGAUCGUAACGUUCUCUCAUUCCCUGCCGUCGUUGCUCCUUUCAAGUGCUGUCUAUUACCUUUAUCUGGUAAUGAAGCUUUUGAACCUUUUGUUCGCAAGUACUCUCGUGCUCUUCGUCAAGCUGGUGUUUCCACUCGUACUGAUGAUAGUAAAGCUUCCAUUGGUCGUAGAUAUGCUCGUAAUGACGAAUUAGGUAUUCCUUAUGCUAUCACCAUCGAUUUUGAUACAGUGAAGGAUGGUACUGUCACUCUCCGUGAACGUGACUCUACUAAACAAAUUCGUGAUACAUUUGAGAACAUUUUGAAGAUUCUCACCAAGGACGCUUAAACGUAAAUGUGUCCUAUAGUGACAUUUUAAUAUAUGUCUCUUUUUCUGUAUAGAAUAAAUUAUAAUAUUUCUUAAUGCCAUGUAAGACUACUUUUUCAAUACAAA